GAACGCUAGAUUGUGCUUUAUUUUUUUCCUCCCAACUUCAUGUUUCCAUGCACCAAAAUGUUGAUGCUACAAAUAUUGGAUACCACGCUUACCUGACAGGCUUCUUCCAUCCCACCUGGGCGCGGGGGCUCAGAGAGAGUGCGCGAACCGCUGCUGCAGCCCGCCUCUCGUGGCGGGAGCGGGCUCGGCCGGCCGCGGGAUCCCCUACUGGCCCGGGUGUCCGAGCCGCUCCGCCGCCAGAGCUCCCGCAGUCAGCCCCCGGCGCGCACGCGCGCUCCCCUCCGGCGGCCUCGGCGCCUCUGGUUUUUGGCAGGGCGGCGAGUGGAAGGCUCGGACGGGCGGGGCGGGGCGGGGCGAGGUGCGAGAGUUUGUGGCCACGUGACCGACGCCAACAUGGCGGCGCCCAGCGGCUUCCACCUGUUCGUCCGCAGAGGUUGUCAUAGGAUUUUCUCGUCACCGCUCAAUCAUAUCUACUUACACAAGCAGUCAAGCCGUCAACAAAGAAGAAAUUUCUUUUUCCGGAGACAAAGAGAGAUUUCCCACAGUAUAGUUUUCCCGGCUGCAGUUUCUCCAGCUCAUCCAGUCCCUAAGCACAUAAAGAAGCCAGACUAUGUGACGACAGGAAUAGUACCCGACUGGGGAGACAGCAUAGAAGUUAAGAAUGAAGAUCAGAUUCAAGGGCUUCGCCAGGCUUGUCAGCUGGCCCGACAUGUCCUCCUCUUGGCCGGGAAGAGUUUAAAGGUUGACAUGACAACUGAAGAGAUAGAUGCUCUUGUUCAUCAGGAAAUAAUCAGUCAUGAUGCCUACCCCUCACCUCUAGGCUAUGGAGGUUUUCCAAAAUCCGUUUGUACCUCUGUAAACAACGUGCUUUGUCAUGGUAUUCCUGACAGUCGACCUCUUCAGGAUGGAGAUAUUAUCAACAUUGAUGUCACGGUUUACUACAAUGGCUACCAUGGAGACACCUCUGAGACAUUUUUGGUGGGCAAUGUGGAUGAAUGUGGUAAAAAGUUAGUGGAGGUUGCCAGGAGGUGUAGAGAUGAAGCAAUUGCGGCUUGCAGAGCGGGGGCUCCCUUCUCUGUCAUUGGAAACACAAUCAGCCAGAUAACUCAUCAGAAUGGUUUGCAAGUCUGUCCACAUUUUGUGGGACAUGGGAUAGGAUCUUACUUUCAUGGACAUCCAGAAAUUUGGCAUCAUGCGAAUGACAGUGAUCUACUCAUGGAGGAGGGCAUGGCGUUCACCAUAGAGCCAAUUGUAACCGAGGGAUCCCCUGAAUUUAAAGUACUGGAGGACUCAUGGACUGUGGUCUCCGUGGACAAUCAAAGGUCUGCCCAAUUCGAGCACACAGUUCUCAUCACGUCGAGGGGCGCGCAGAUCCUGACCAAACUGCCCCACGAGGCCUGAGGAGCAACACGAAGGUCGCAAGAGACCCGGGGCCCUUUUUCUAAAAUUGCUGAAAUCCAGCUGGAGAACUUUUAGAAGAAACUGGCUAACGGCAGGCCCUAGAGUAACCUACCUAGCACCUAGCAGCGCCGGCUAGGGAAAAUGCGGUAGGGCUUGGGAGCCGUUCCGAACACAAAUCUGAAGCCCCGAAGUGGCCGUGCGCUUUCGGAGAGACGGUUCCUGGAGCCAGUCUCUCUUUCCCAGCGCGGGAAACGCAUCUGGAGAGGAAUGGGGACGCCCUCAUUUGGAAGACUAGGAAGUCUUAGCAAUGCAUACUUUCCCCUUUCCCUAGCCUUGAUUCUGCCCGAAUAGAAAGCAUUCACUCCUUAAAACCACUGUGUCUUACGGUUAAUUUUUGAGUCUCUGAACUUUUCACUCUCGCGCGCAGGAAUAAAAACCCGAGCCUAGCUGUUAGGA